CUAUCAGGCUCAGGUUGUCUAGUUGUUUGGACACGUCAGAUGUGUGAGUUUGAACUGUGAAAUGGCAACGAAAUCGUGGAGAGGAGAUGAAAAGCCGGUGAAAAUUAAUAAAUGGGAUGGUUCUGCCGUAAAAAAUGCAUUAGAUGAUGCUGUAAGAGAUGUGCUGACCAAGAAAUAUAAUUAUGUUGAAAACUUCUCCCUCAUAGAUGGAAGAUUAUUCAUGUGUGGUUUUUCAGUAGCAGUUGCGAUGUUUGCUCUACUUUGGGAUUGGUUAUAUCCUUUUCCACAGUCGAGGCCCGUUCUUAUAGUAUGUGUUAGUACCUACUUUGUCAUGAUGGCUUUGUUGACACUAUACACAACCUAUAAGGAAAGAGGCAUAUUUGUCAUAGCUAUUCAGAAAGAUCCAGCUGGUUUUAUUCCUGACAAUACCUGGGAAGCUAGCUCUGCUAUUAAAAAAUACGAUGACAAGUAUAAUCUGACAUUGACAAUUAGAGAUGGAAAGGCUAAAGUUAUGAGAUACGCUACAAUUUCUAAAUCAGUUGCGAAUUUCAUUGAUGAAAAUGGCGUUGUCAUUCAUGAUCUAGUGGAACCUGAUGUUUCAAAACUACACAAUAGCCUACUAAAUGAUCGAAAAGACAAGUGAAUGAAUAAAUAAUAACAUUAUUUAUUUAUUUAUUAUAUUAAUCUAAAAAAAUUUCAAUUUUUUUAAUUCGUUUUAUCAUCUUAUUGUAUAUUGUUUGUUAAAGUGUACUGUGUACACAUAAAAUAUUGAAAUAGUGAAAUUGGUAUUAUUUGUAAAUUUUAUUAAAAUUUUUUUUCGAUUUAA